AUGGCGUCUCUCGCCAUCCCGUUCGCGCACGCGGCGGUCCUCUUAACCGCCGUCCCAGAGAAAGUGCGCGGGGCUGUUGCCGCGCUCUUCGUGACGACCGCGGUCACGUACAAGGCCACGACGCGCUGGCGAGGCCGGAGGGGGCGUCAGCCGCGUGCUGAGCCGGUCCACGUGGACGCCGCGCACCCGCAGGAGGAGCCGUGCGACACAGCAACCUCCUCGCCGCUGCGCACCCCGCGGGCCGCGGACUGCCUCCCCGACGAGGCCCCCGACUGCGAGGAGCGGGCCAGCCCGCGCUCGAUCUCCCCGCCGCCGCCCUCGAACCUGGCGCGCCUCGUCUCACAGAUGCAAGAGCAGGCCCUGCUGGCCGAGGAGCGGGAGCGGGAGGCGGAACGCGCCGCGGCGGCGAUCAAAGAGCUGUCGCAGCCCACGAGCAAGGCCGAGGCGCACCGGAUCGCGACCGAGGCCGCGAUGGCCGAGCGGCGCAUUGAAUCGCACGCUGAGGAGGCGCGGGCGGCGGUGUUGCGCGCACUGCAGGCGUCAAAGGAGGUCAAACGAGAGGUCGAGGGCGCCCCUCAAGGGGACGCGCAGGCGGAGGCGAAGUCAUCCGAGUCAGCGGCUGCGCUGCAACGCGCAACAAAAGCGGCAGUGUCGAGCCGGCAGCUUGCCCUGCUGGCGCGGACCCGCUCGCAGGAGGCGCGCGAAUUACUACUGAAGGUUGUCGACGCGGAGAACGCCGCGAAGAUGGCGCACGAGGCCGUCGAGGACGCGAGACGCCACCUCGACACAGCCACUUCGGCCAGGAAGCGCGCAGAGGAGGCCGCCGAGAAGGCGGAGAAGUUCCGGAUGGCCUUGGACGACGAACAGGCUAACAAGCACGCCAAGAUGGCGUUCGCUGCGAAGGACGAGGCGACGCUCGCGCUCCUGUCGGCCAAGGACGUGUCGUCGGCGUGCGAACGCCGCCAGCUGAGCAGCCAGGGCGAGGUCGACAGCAUCAAGGCACAAGUAGCAGCCGAGGUCAAGGCCGCGUCCAGAGCCGCACACCGCGCGCUCGGGGGUGCCCGCCAAAAGAGCCUCUGA